AUGGCGAUCACCCCCUCCUUCCAUCGGUAUGGCCCCUUCACAUCUUUCCUGCGGCUCGUCGACCUAAAGCUAGGCUGCACCAUCCUGACGCUGUUCAACCUCUUCAACAAAUCCGCCGGCGUCUUUGGCCUGCUCGCCAUCUUUCAAGGUGGAACUUGGUCGCAGUUGAGCCUGUAUGCCUACUCUUUGGGAACCAUCUUCAUCUCUUUGUGGGGACUGCGCGGGAUCAGCGAAGAGUCCAGCCCCACGGUGGUCUUAUACGCACAUUGCUACCUAGCGGACCACCUCAUCUCGAGCAUCUGGUCCCUCUACUUCUUUCAGGUCGUCUACUACUACACGGAGCAUAAUGGCCAGCCGCCCAAUCUCAGUCCCUAUCAAGCUGGUCUGAUGAGCUUGAUUGAGGGGAUCGAGGCGCAGUACGAGACCAAAGGCGACGUGCAGCAUCACAAGGCGUUGGAGGGUCAGGCCAGGGUUGAGGCGGCCCAGCAGGUUUGGAGGAGCGAGAGCGCAUUCAGUACAACAGUCUUGGCGGCGGGUUGGAUUCUCAAGAUCUACUUUGCCCUCCUCCUCUACUCCUACGCUCUUCACCUGCGACACGGGACGUACCGCACCUUACCGCUUAGCAAGCCUUCACUCGCCACGACGGAACAGAACCGCACCCAUUACCUGCCGCUGCGUGCCAGUAUCUCCAUUGAACGCGGUGAUGGCCCAAACUCGGGCGCUGGAGGGAAUGCACCGAGGACCAUCGAGGAGGAGCUGCCCGGAUGGAGCGAUGAUGAGAUGGAUCGGGAGGAUGAUGAAGGGGAGGAUGACGAGAGGCAAAGGAGGGUAGAGAAGAGAUCAGCAGGGAGCGAGACGACAAAGGCGACACUGGACCGUUUGGCGCCGUCCUCAUCACGAUGA